AUGGAGCAAAUAGGCUUGGCCUUGAGGAGCGUCGCACAGAAGCUCAGCCCCUACUUUCAGGCCCAUCAAGUAACUAUGCUCACAAACCAACCACUCAGAAGUAUUUUGCAUGAACCUGACUUGUUUGGGAGAAUGCUGAAGUGGGUCAUAGAGUUGAGCGAGUACGAAAUCAAAUAUCAGCCUAAGUUAGCCAUAAAGCGACAGGUCAUGGCUGAUUUCAUAGCCGAGAUUCCUCAAAAGCCAUUUCAGCUAACAAGACCUAGUAAAGAUGGAUGGUGGAUUUCCCACGUUGAUGGAGCGUCUUGGAUCUCGAGGUCCAGAGUGGGCCUCCUCUUACAAUCACCAAUCGGAGAACAGUUGGAACAGGUUAUCCAGCUCGGGUUCCCAACCUCUAACAAUGAGGCCAAGUAUGAGGUCAUUCUAUCCGGAUUAGACCUUGCUCUUGCCCUAUCAGCAUCUAAGCUUGAAAUAUGUAGUGACUUUCAACUAAUUAUUGGGCAGGUUCAAGAGGAUUACGAAGCCAAAGAUGGACGCAUGGCUCAGUACCUUUCUAAGGUACGAAAUACCCUGGAUAGAUUAAACGAGUGGGCCAUCAAGAAAAUCUCCCACAUAGAAAACGUACAAGUCGAAGCCUUAGUUGGAAGAGGUGUUACGCUCCCUAUAAAAGAAGCAGUAUUACUGGUCGUCCACCUUCAAACUACUUCAUCAAUUGCAGUCGCACCUAUAUGCAACACCAAUGAAACAAGUCUUGGUUGGGCGCACGAGAUUGAAAACUACCUCCGGACAGGUAAUCUACUGGAAGAAAGCAAACGAGCGCAUAAGAUCCGGGUGCAAGUUGCCCGCUUCACUCUAAUCGGGGACUGCCUCUACAGGCGAUCAUUUGGAGGUCCGUACCUCAGGUGCUUAGACAACACGGAAACCCAGUAUGUAUUGGUAGAACUACAUGAGGGUGUAUGUGGCAAUCACACAAGGGGACGAACCCUAGCACAUCGUGCUUAUUCGCAAGAGUACUAUUGGCCCACCAUGAAACAAGAUGUUGAAGACUACGUCAAGAGGUGUGACUGGUGCCAAAGGCACGCACCCAUUCCUCGCAUGCCAUCUGAAAUCCUCAAUCCGAUCACGAGCCCUUGGUCAUUCACACAAUAA